AUGAAGACUUUGAUUCUGCUGUUCUGUCUUCUCGGAUCGACUCGUUCAUUACCAAAGCAGCUUAAUUCUGCUUUGGAAGCCUCUCCAACAAAACCGGCUCCAGAUCAGGUGACUACAGUAACCCAGCAGCAGCCUAGUCAGGUCUUCCCUUCCUUAAGUCUAAUACCAUUAACACAGCUGCUCACACUGGGGUCAGAUCUGCAACUGCUUACUCCUGCCCCAGGGGCGGCCCCUGGUGCCCAGAAACUGCCGCUAACCCUGGGGGCACUGAAUGGACAAAAUCAGCUGCAACAAGUGUUACCAAUUUUUGUAACACAAGUUGGAGCCCAGGCUACUAUGCUAAGCUCUGAGGAACUGCCAUUGGGCUCCCAGUUUUUCACAGGCCUCCUCUUGCAUACUCUGUUUCCGGGAGGCAUCCUGCCCACCAGUCAGGUAGGGGCUAAUCCAGAUGCCCAGGAUGGAGCCCUUCCAGUGGGACAAGCAGGAGCAAAUGCUAACAUCCAGGCCACCCCAGAGGGCCACCUCUCAACUCCUGGUGUCACCGAUGAUGACUUUGAAGCAACCACUCCUGCAGGCAUCCAAAGGGCCACACACACUACCAAGGGGAUCACCACAGGGUCACCAAAUGGUGAGUUUUCCCCAGCUUGGAAAGUGGCUCUCCCCUGA